AUGGGAAAUUGUAAAAGUUAAUGUGAUUAAAUGAGUCUAAGUUCAUCAGAUAAUGUUGAUUGCACAAGAUUAGUAAUUCUAGUAAAAACUUGGCAGAAGGACGCCUAUUCAUUGUUCGAUUACGAGAAUGCAGCAAAUGUACAGGAGUAAAAAUUUGCAGUAUAAUUAUAAAUUACUCUUUUAGAUUAGCAACGAAGGUUAUUUAGUUAUUCAAAAUGAUAUAGAAUGGAUAGAGACCAAAUCACUAGUUAAGAAUCAACUUUGUAAAAUAAAGAAAAGAAAUGAAAAUUAUUUUUUAGUAAAUCCAAAUUUUAACAAAAAUUGCAAGAAGUAAGCAAUCUAAAAAAAUGAAGAGACUAAUAUGAUUAUAAACAAGUAAUAAUAAUAUAAAUUCGAAGAACUGGACUUGAGAAAUUUGGGAAGAAGUUUUGGAAUGUGAUUCAUGAGGAUGGGAUACAGUUGUAGGAAGGAGAUGUUAUUAAAUUAGGAAGAGUGAAAUUUUCUAUACGCUAGAUUGCAUUAGAGGUUAAAACAUAAGAGUAAAGAUGUGAUAAUGAAUCAUCGUAUUCAAUUACAUCAGAUUAAAUUACUUGUAGAAUUUGUUGUUCCUCUUAAAAUAGUUCCAACAACCCUCUUUUGAAUCCCUGCAUGUGCAGCGGAUCAAUUAAGUAUGUACAUUUGGAAUGCUUAAAAAUUUGGUUAAGAAUGAAGCUAGAAAGUCGAUAAAGCGAUAAUUGCUUAGUUUAUUUAUGGAAGAACUUGGAGUGCGAGUUAUGCAAAUAUAAUUAUCCUUCAAAGUUUAAGAGUGAUGAUACAUAUUACGAUUUAGCAGAAUUAUGUAAACCGAAUGAUUCUCCUUAUUUAAUGAUGGAAUUUACAAAAAAAUAAGUAUUUAAAUCCUAUAACUAUUAAUAGGGAUAAUAGUUAGAUUGGAACAACAAUUCUGGAAUUUAUAUUUGGAAGUUUUAAAAUGUAUCAGAAUUAAGAAUUGGAAGGUCAAACGAUACUGACAUAAGAGUAAAUGAUAUAUCAGUCAGUAGAAAACAUGCUAAAUUAGUUAUUAAUGAUAAUAAAGUGUAUCUUUUUGAUAAUCACUCAAAAUUUGGUACCUUGAAUUUAAUAAGAUCUGAAAGGAUAUUAAUAUAGAGAGGAAUGGAAAUUUAGAUGGGAAGAAGUCUAAUUUCAUUUUAAUGA